AUGCGCAAAUCGGAUUUCUUUGAUCAAGUAUGGCAUUCGAUUCAGAAGCUGGUGCUUGAGAAACGGAUAAAAGUGUACAUCAAGGAGAUAUGCGCCGAUCGGGUAACAGCCUUUCGGAUAUAUCUACUGCCUCACGACGUCGGCAGAAGUCGCAUCGAACGCAGCAGCAAUUCCCGCAACUCGGCACUGGACACGCUCAUGGCAUCUAUCAAUGUAUCUCCCCAAGCUUGGUCCGACCCGGAUUCCGCGCAUGAGCAGCAGCACUUCGACCGUUGGGCUACAGCAGAUAAGCAGUCGUUGUUCUACAUGUUCAACACACUGCCGUCUCCGUCCCCACAGCCGGAACGAAUACAAGACAAGUACUCAAGACUCGCCGUCGAGGAGCUGUUAGAUUCUGCUUCGUGGGUGUCUGGCCUCAAGACGGCACUGUAUCCGUACCAAGCACGAUCAGCCGCCUUGAUGGUCCAGCGAGAAUCGGCGCCUGAGCUGCAACUGGACCCCAGACUCGAGCUUAGGCACGCACCAGAUGGACAGCCGUUCUACUACUGGGCGCAGGCUGGAAUAUUUCUGAAGAACCCACGGUACUACGAAGCAAACAAGGGAGGCAUUUUAGCAGAAACUAUGGGUCUGGGCAAAACUCUCAUCUGCCUUGCAGUCAUACUGGCCACGAGAGAUCACCUCCCUCACAUCCCUCCACAGUAUCAGCAGAGUACGACAACCCGCGAGAAAGUGGGAAGUCUUGUAGAUAUGGCCGUCGCCACUGCGAACCGCCAUUCCAUUCCGUGGAAAGCGUUCUUCCGACGGCUUGAGGAUGAGACAGGUGAAGCUAUGACGCGAUGCGUGAAUGAGCUUGAGGCUGCCUCAGCCCGCUAUAUCAUACCUGCGAAGCCGCCCAGACCGCAGAGGAGAAGUCUGCCCAGCCCUCGUGAGAUCACGAUGUGCAGUGGCACCAUCCUGGUAGUGCCGCCAAAUCUAGUACACCAGUGGCAGGCCGAAAUACAAAAGCACGUUGUGGACGGUUAUCUCCGCGUCUUCUUCGCAGUGCAGCCGACGACGAAGUUACCAUCUGUCGCCGAGCUCUCCACGUACGACCUUGUCAUUUUCAGCCGACCUCGGUUCGAACGAGAAAUUAGCGAUGGCUCAGACAAGCAAGGGAGGCGAACACAUAAAGGUCGCCAGCUUGGCUGCAACUGUUCCUACAUCGGCAGCUCACGUACUGUUGACUGUUACUGCUUCCGGGAAAAGAACGUGUACGAUUCGCCUCUGAAGAAACUUCACUGGCUUCGGAUCAUCAUAGACGAAGGCCACAACUUCUCCUCUGCAAGCUCCCACGCGGUUACUGUGGCAGACAAGCUGGUCAUCGCAGAUCGGCGGUGGGUCGUAAGCGGCACGCCUGCUAAAGAUCAACUGCUGGGAGUUGAAGUCGAUCUUGCGGUCCACGAUGAUGGUGCCGAUGUUGAGGUCCGCCAAAGCCGCGAGAUGAUGCUGGAGCAACGCAAGGACUUCAGCAUACUUGAAGACGCAUCAGAUGCCAUCAGCAGCCUGGGAUCACUCGCGACCAACUUUUUGAAGGUUCAGCCAUGGGCCACGUCAGAUCGCGAAGAGAGGAUCUACUGGGACGAUUACGUAUACAGACAUGAACAUCUCACGCGUCGGACAUACUCAGGCUUCUCACUUUGUCUGCGAAGAGCUCUGGAGCAGCUGGUGGUGAAGUCACGGUUUGCAGAUGUUGAGAAGGACAUCGCGCUGCCUCCCUUACACCAUCGCGUCGUUCUGCUGGAGCCUUCAUUCUACGACAAGCUCACGGCAAAUCUGUUCAUCCAGGUCCUCCGAGCGAACGCCGUCACGAGCGAGAGGACCGACACUGACUAUCUCUUCCACCCAAACAGUCGGAAAGCACGCUACCAGCUAAUCACCAACCUCCGACAGAGUAACUUCACGUGGACUGGCUUCAGCGAGGAAGACGUUCAGAAAACGCUCAAGGUUAGCGAAGAGUACUUACUGAAGGAGGAUACUUCCUGUACAGACACGGAUCGCCGGCUCCUUGAAGAGAGCAUCGCGCUUACCAAGGUCGCGGCUGAAUCGCCGGGCUGGAAGGCCCUCAGCUGGGCGCAUGAGGUCGGCAUGUUCGUUGAAGACUGGCCAAGGGAUUCAGCUGCUUCGUGGUCGCUUGGGGGAUCAGGAUCGGCGCCGCCAUUGCUGGUCGGAAUAACUCAGCUGCUCAAGGCGCAAGCGCUUGUCGACAGCCAGCUGUCCGCUACAGAUCCUACUCACGGUCUUCAGGCAGCUGGCAACGCCGCCAAGGCAGAAAUAAAUGAGGUUGAGGAACGAACCGCCGAGGUCAAGAAGAAGAAAAACAACGAAAUUAUGACAUCCAAGAGCGUUCCAUCAUCAUGUGUUCUGGAGGAAGUUGCGGCUUCGAAGCGGCACCCUGUCUCUACGCCAGGAAAGACAAGCCCAAAAAAGGGGGCCUCAAUGGCCUGUGCGCCUGGUGCCGGCGACGGAGCUAGUAUAGCGCUACGAACCGCAUCGCCGAAGAAGCGCAUCGCCCAAGAUGAGACCGACCACGAGUUGAGCGAAGACUCGCCGCUGAAACAAACCAGCGUCAUCGGCACGACCUCCUCGAAGCUCAGCUAUCUCCUCGAGCAGAUCAGACUCCACCAUGAGCAGGAGAAGAUCCUCAUCUUCUACGACAGUGAUAACAAUGCCUACUACAUCGCCCAAUGCCUCGAGUUACUCCACAUCAAGCACCGCAUCUACGCAAAGUCACUCAAGAACAAGCUUCGCUCGCAGUACGUCGUAGCGUUCCGCGAAGACCCAACUAUAAGGGUCAUGCUCCUAGACAUCAGAUGCGGUGCCCUGGGUCUCGACAUCAACAGCGCAAGUCGGAUCUACUUCAUCAACCCGUGCAACCGGCCGAACAUCGAGGCGCAAGCCAUCAAGCGUGCACACAGGAUCGGUCAAACGAGGCCAGUGUAUGUGGAGACGCUGGUGGCCAAGGGAACCGUCGAAGAAGCAAUCUUCGAGCGAGCAAAGGCCAUGACAAGGACUGAGCACCAAGAAACGAAGACGCUUGAGGACGACCAGAAGAUCAAGGACAUCGUGAUGGAGGCCCCGGCCAUUCCUGUCGAUCCGGCGGAGGCGUUCGGUGAGAGGCAGAUGGCUAGGCUGCAGACUCCGCUGCAGGUCUUUGGCAGACCUGGUCGCGGUCAGGCACGCAUCGACAGCGUUGACACCCAAAGCAACGGUGAUAAGACUUUGGAGAGCCCGGCGAAGCGCCAACGAACCGUGAAGCCGACGCCUAAGAAAGCUAAACCCGCUACUAAGAAAGGUAAGCGGGUGCCAGCUCUAAGUGAUGUUGUCCGAGUUGCAACACCCGCGGAGGCUGAAGGAGAGCCUUCGCUCAGCUUGUUCGGAGGUCCUGCAAACGCUUGA